AUGAAGAAAGAUCGUCUGACACGACGCGACAUCAAUAAGUUGGGCAUGGCCGCAUUCGGAGGCUUGAUGGCCGGGUCGGUCGUCGGCUGCGGUGGCCCUCAAGAUACAACCGCACCCACGGAAACGGGCGAGGGAGCCGCUACCGGUGAUGCCGCGGCGGGCGGGGACGAUGCUGCGAUGGCCAGUGCUGACAAACACCUGUGCCGCGGCUUGAAUAGUUGCAAGAACAUGGGCGCCAGCGGUGAGAACGCCUGCGCUGGGCAAGGCACCUGUGCCACUUACGCCGAACACUCUUGCGGCGGACAGAACGAAUGCAAAGGCCAAGGCGGCUGCGGCGAGAACCCAGGGUUGAACGACUGCAAGGGUGAAGGUCACUGCGCUGUGCCACUCAUGGCUUCGGCUUGGAAGACCAUGCGGGCCCGGUUCGAAGAAGAUAUGAAGGCCGAAGGCAAGGAAGUCGGAGCGGCUCCCGAGGAUAUCCAGUGGAAUGAUGUCGAUGAUUGGCGAAUUCUCGCGAAUGGGAUUCUCAGUGGAUUGUCGUUGUCGGCAUUGCUCUUCGGGCUGAAUCUACGUCUCCGUGGCAGACGUCUUGGGAUUGGGGCACUUUUUGGUGUGAUGUCGGGAUUGGGGGCGCUCCUGCUCUUGCCGCCGCUGCUGGUUGUCGGUGAAGGCGAGGCAGUGGGUGACCGCCUCGCUUUCGCCUGCAUCGUUUAUAUGAUGCCGCUUAUGGCCCUUUGGUUCUUACUGGCGGCGGCCGUCGGUGGGCGGUUGCGGCGAAAGAUCUGGUCCAGACCGAUGCCCUGGACAGAAAAAUUCGGCUAUCUGCUCGCCAUGGCGUGGUCUCCCUUGGGCGUGUGGAUGCUGUUCGACAUCUAUAUCGAUGGCCUCAUGAAGUAG